AUUAAUGUACAUGUACGGUGAGGAGUAUUUUAUAAUUACUGUUAUAAGCAGUGGUUAUCAUUUUUUAAAGUUCCAACAAUAAGUGAUUUCAACAGCGCCCAUUUUUCAAAGACACCCUGGGGCACGUACCAACAGUGUUGGGCUGAAUGUUAGGGCUGAAAAAGCGUCCGGUUUGUAGAUCAUAGAUAUAUGAUAUACCUUUCUCAUGAUGACGUCAUUGCGGAAAACCUGAUGUCAGACAAAGUUUGAUUGGUUCUUAAAUUUUGCAAAGCCAAUCAAAGUUCGUGUAACAUCUGGCUUUCCCAUUCAACAUCAUUGUGAGAGUCUGAGAGAGGUCUGAAAUUACCGGAGUAAAAUACAUGCAAAUCAGUAUUAAAGAUUUUACAUUGUCAUUGUGUGAGGCUGUAAUACCUGUAAACUAACGGCAUUGUCUGAAGGUCAACGAAGGUCAUUAUCUUAGAUGAAUGUCGAUGACAUCCACGAAUAACAAAAUACGGUACAUUAGAGUCGCUUAAAAUUCUAAUGAGCAUCAAGCUAAGCUACAACGCAAUCAAAAGAUCAAGGAAUAAAAACAAAUUCAAAUUUAUCCACAUUCCUGUGACGUAUUGAAAAAGGAACAAAGCUUUUCAUGUAAAAUUUGGCAUCAAACUUUAGAACCAAGUGCACACGUGUAUCAGAAUGAAUGAAUGCAUGCCAGCAAAUUCAUCGCUUGAACGGGUAUUGUGUUUAGAACCAGUUAAUUCCGCCGUUUCUUUAGCAGGUGGCUUUUGCUGUUUGUUGGCAAAACUAUAACCUUUUACUAACAGAAGGUUGUAAAUAAAGCAGGAAUAUACGUGGAAAUAUUGCUUGAGGGGAUUCUGGUUAAUGCUGUCAUUCUGACAAUUUUUUAAUAAAACCUUGCUUCGAUCUCGCUGUUAGUGUGAAUUGGAUCUUAUACUUCGCUUGUGUGACUCCUUCAGUUCUUUGUUCUGUCUUUUGGAUUGUCACAAUGUGUUAGGACAUAUUUAUCAGAUGGAUUUCUAUGAAAAAAAGGAGAGCGCGAGAGAUGCUAUAGAACAUGACAAAGUGGUACACAAGAAACGCGGGAUUCCUACACUAAACAUUAAAUCAUUUUUUUCUGAUCAGCCUGGUGUGGAUGGUGUGGAUGUUGUGGCCCCUUUGUCUAAGGCUGAAGAAUUUGCUUUGAAAAAGGUUCGGCGGAAGCUCAAAAACAAAAUAUCGGCGCAAGAGAGUAGAAAGAGAAAAAAACAACAUUUAGAAAGUUUAGAAAAAAGAGUUCGUUUGCUAGAUUCAGAAAAUUCAAGUUUAAGGACGAAAUUAGAAAAGCAAAAUCAAUCAUUGAGGUCAUUAACAUUUCAACUGAGUAAGACUGGACCAAGAAGUAAAGACGAAAUAGUCAGCUACCAAAAUCAGGGAACGCAAACAGGAAUUUGCCUAAAAUGUUAUCUUCAAAAGGAAUCAGUGGAUAGCACAUUGGAAGAUUUCAAAAUAGAGACAGGAAAAAAUGGACAAAUAAUUGUUCAAUCAGACUUCGUAGAAAAUCGUCCAAAAAGGCCUAGCAGUAUCCGGAACGAGUAUACUGAGUUCAGUAGCAUUUUUCAUGCUCGCAGUCUGCGAGAUAAAGCUUAGACAUGAUAGAUUUGAUAUCACACUAGUUGGGUUGUAGAAGAGGGCUCUGGGGAGCUGAGCUUCCUUUAAUGUAAAAUUUAAUGUAGAUUUGGGAAGGCUGAGCCCUCCUAAAAUUUUUGGCAGAUAAAAUAUUAACAUUAACUAAUAGAAACUUAAAACAAGCAUUAACACCAAUAUUUUUUAAAAAA